AUGGAAUGUAUAUCUACGGUCUCUUAUUCCUUCCUACUGAACAAUGAAGUGGUGGGAGAGGUACAUCCACAUAGAGGAAUUCGCCAAGGGGAUCCUCUAUCACCCUAUAUCUUCAUCAUCUGUGCAGAGGUGCUCUCAGGCCUCUGCAAAACAACACAAGAAAACGGUACAUUACCAGGGAUCAGAGUAUCACGUUAUGGUCCAAAGGUUAAUCACCUUUUGUUCGCUGAUGACACUAUGAUUCUCACCAAGACUGACCCACUUUCCUGCGCAACACUUGUUGAGAUCCUCCAGAGCUAUGAAAAAGCCUCAGGCCAAAUGAUCAAUGCUCAGAAAUCUUCUAUCUCUUUCUCUAGCAAAACACCAGUUGAGAUCAGAUAA